UCAAAUUCACCUGGCAGCACUAAAAUCAAAACUUCCGCCAUUUUCGAGUUCGAAAUUCCCUUUCCGAAAAAUGGCCGUUUUUUGAAGGAAGUUCAUGAAUUUUUGUUCAUCUUCUCGUUCAUUCGGUUUUUACCUUUCACCGAUAUAACUUCAUAACAGAAUGGCGGACGCAGCUCCAGCCCGUGGUGGAUUCCGUGGAGGAUUUGGUUCUCGUGGUGGUGGUGGCCGUGGACGCGGUCGUGGUCGUGGUCGCGGCAGAGGUCGUGGACGCGGAGGCAAGGAAGAUUCCAAGGAAUGGGUUCCAGUCACCAAAUUGGGACGUUUGGUUCGUGAUGCUAAAAUUCACAGCCUCGAAGAGAUCUACCUCUACUCGUUGCCAAUCAAAGAGUUCGAGAUCAUCGAUUUCUUCUUGGGCUCCGCCCUUAAGGAUGAAGUUUUGAAGAUCAUGCCUGUCCAGAAACAAACUCGUGCUGGUCAACGUACCCGUUUCAAGGCCUUCGUCGCUAUCGGUGACAACAACGGUCACAUUGGUUUGGGAGUUAAGUGCAGCAAGGAAGUUGCCACCGCUAUUCGUGGUGCCAUCAUCUUGGCUAAAUUGUCUGUUGUUCCAGUUCGUCGUGGUUACUGGGGUAACAAGAUCGGUAAACCCCAUACCGUUCCAUGCAAGGUCACCGGAAAGUGUGGUUCAGUAUCUGUGCGUCUGAUUCCAGCUCCACGUGGUACUGGUAUCGUUUCGGCUCCAGUUCCAAAGAAGCUCUUGACCAUGGCUGGUAUUGAGGAUUGUUACACCUCAGCUCGUGGUUCCACCGGAACCUUGGGUAACUUCGCCAAGGCCACUUAUGCUGCCAUCGCCAAGACCUACGCCUACUUGACCCCAGACUUGUGGAAGGACAUGCCACUCGGUGUCAACCCAUACCAAGAGUUCGCUGAUUUCUUGGCCGACAAACCCGGUGUCAGACACGUGGAGGCUUAAGAAAAUUUUCUUACGGUUGAAAAUAACAAUAAAAAAAACGUUUAAUUGGCUCAAAACCAAACAAUAACUAA